GGCGCAAAAUGCAGCCCGUAUAACCAGGCGACCCACGCAUCCAAAACCGGGCGCGGCCCACUCUCGGGAGGCUUUAUCUUUGCCCACUCCUGCACUUCCCCACCGCAGCUCAUCUCUCGUCCACUCCAAACCCUAGCCUCCUCCUCCUCUCGCCGCCGCCGCCGACGCCGACGCCGCCGCAGCCGCCAUGUCAGGGAGGAAGAAGACCCGCGAGCCCAAGGAGGAGAACGUGACGCUCGGCCCCGCCGUCCGCGAGGGGGAGCACGUCUUCGGCGUCGCGCACAUCUUCGCCUCCUUCAACGACACCUUCAUCCAUGUCACGGAUCUGUCCGGGAGGGAGACGCUCGUCCGCAUCACCGGUGGCAUGAAGGUCAAAGCUGAUCGUGAUGAAUCAUCCCCUUAUGCAGCUAUGCUUGCAUCUCAGGAUGUUGCUGUAAGAUGCAAGGAGCUUGGAAUUACUGCUCUGCACAUUAAGCUCCGUGCUACUGGUGGAAACAAGACAAAAACUCCAGGUCCUGGUGCUCAAGCUGCGCUUAGAGCUCUUGCACGUUCUGGCAUGAAGAUUGGACGCAUUGAGGAUGUUACCCCGGUCCCAACUGACAGCACCCGCCGGAAGGGUGGUAGAAGAGGAAGGAGGCUGUAAUUCCAUGCUCGUUCAAGGAUGGAACAAUAC